GCAGCAGCACCUGUCAUCUGGAGGGGUAGCCACCCUCAACCCUGCCCAACUCAAGGAUGUGUACAGGUGCCUUAAAUCCUGAUGCAACUGAUUUCAUUCCAAGGGAAAGACAGACUUGCAGUCUCAACUGGAAAAGUCAGUCCGGGUGGGACUUGGAUCAGGACCCACGCAGGAACAGUACACCCCCUCCUGUCCAGCCCAGGCACAGUAAACACGAUGGCUGCUCUGCAGAUCAGCGUAACUUUUACAGUCCAGAGAAACAGCAUAGAUGUCAGCCAGACUCUUUGCUGUUUGGCAGUGUGGGCAAAACAAAAAGCCGCAAUUUUCAAAGUCAGCGAUGGCAGAGGUCAAGGAAUGACCGAGCACAUGGCAAAAAUCAGGUCAAACAAACAGCUGCCAGUGGUUUAGAAGACCCUGCAUGUUUAGAUAGUAGGCUGAUACCAGGACGAAGAAUGAAUCCUAGAGAAUACAGCGAUUUCUCUUCAGACAGUGAAAAGGAAACUGCAGAUAACAGAGGAGCAAAGCCAAAGAAGACAUACUUGAUGCAUUCACGUGGAAGAGGGUUGAAAGAAAAGGAGAAGCAUCUGUCUGCACAGGGUAAAAGAAUACCGUCCAAGUGGAAGGAUGAAGCCUAUGAAAACAUACCAGCGGUAGAUCUGACUCAGUCAGAUUCUUCUGAACCAUCCUUUGGGAAAGCAGUGUCAGAUGGCUUUUCUGACAACAGCAUUGUGCGGAGAAGGUAUCCUUUUGCAAACAAAUGCAGGGAACCUGUGCAGAACAAAGAGCCCAGCAAAAGGCAAGAUGUGUCGAGGAGCAGGAAUGCAAAGCCCAUUAAGAACGCAUCCCUUCCCCACCCUCCUAAUGAGCACAAAAGUGAGAAGAGAAAAAAAUCGUUACUGCGUGAAAGGGGGCCAGACUUGGUGAGUGUGCCGCAGACUCAGCCUUCGUGUGAAGCAGCUGUACCGGGUGGAAGAAAACCCCACCUUCAAGAGGGGUAUAAAAGCAGGCGCUGGAAGAAGCAAAGCGAUGCACCAAAGAGCAAGGAAACACAUACAGGGUCUCUAAUAGAGCAGCUGACCUCGGAGAAGUACGAAUGCAUGGUGUGUUGCGAAGUGAUCCGGGUGGUGGCCCCAGUCUGGAGCUGUCAGAACUGCUAUCACGUGUUCCACUUGAGCUGCAUUAAGAAAUGGGCAAGAUCACCAGCAGCACAGGCUGAAGAUGGCAACAGUGGUUGGCGUUGCCCAGCUUGUCAGAAUGUGUCCUCGCACGUGCCUGGUGCCUACACCUGCUUCUGUGGUCGGGUUAGAAACCCUGAGUGGAACAGAAAUGAAAUUCCACACAGUUGUGGAGAACUCUGUAGAAAAAGAAGAUCAGCUCAAGAUUGCCCACAUUUAUGUAAUAUCCUCUGUCAUCCAGGACCUUGCCCAUCAUGUCCUGCUUUUAUGACCAAAAAAUGUGAAUGCCAACGCACAAGCCAUUCGGUUCGAUGUGGGCAUUCUACAGCAAUUCAGUGUACCAAUAUAUGUGGAAAUAUUUUGAAUUGUGGGAAACAUAACUGUACCCAGAUAUGCCAUUCAGGAAAAUGCCAGCCUUGCAAAUUGACUAUAAAGCAAGUCUGCUACUGUCAGAGCACCUCUCAAGAAGUCUUAUGUGGAGCAAGCGAGGAACGAUUCUCCUGUCUCCGAACCUGUGGCAAAAAACUCUCUUGUGGAAUGCACAACUGUGCACAAGUGUGCCACCCCCAGUCUUGCCAGCCUUGCCCACGGCUUCCGGAACUUGUGCACUGCUGCCCUUGUGGGCAAACUCCUCUUAGCAAACUGUUAGACCUGGGGUGUAUGGAACGUAAACUCUGCACGGAUCCCAUCCCAUCUUGUGGAGGAACAUGUAGCAAGCCUCUGCCUUGCAGUCGCUACGAUGCUGUUCAUACAUGUGAAAACCUCUGCCAUGAAGGAGAAUGUGGGUUAUGUUCUCGCACAUCAAAGAUUUACUGCAGGUGUGCCUUAAAAACAAAGGAAGUUCCCUGUGCCAGUCUCAAAACCCAAGCUGAAGAUACGUUUUUGUGUGACAGGCGAUGCAACAAGAAACUGUCAUGUGGACGACAUAAAUGUAGUGAAAUGUGCUGUGUGGAUAAGGAGCACAAAUGUUCUUUACUAUGUGGACGCAAGCUCAACUGUGGCAUUCAUAGAUGUGAAGAACCGUGCCACCGCGGAAAUUGUCAGAAAUGCUGGCAGACGAGUUUUGAGGAAUUAACUUGUUAUUGUGGUGAAUCUGUGAUUUACCCUCCAAUACCUUGCGGUACUCGACCACCUGAAUGUAAAAGUUCAUGUACCAGACCUCAUGAAUGUGAUCAUCCAGUAUAUCAUUCCUGUCACACGGAAGAGAAGUGUCCACCAUGUACAUACCUUGUUCAGAAAUGGUGUAUGGGAAGGCAUGAAUUGCGCAACAAUAUUCCUUGUUACCUCACUGACAUCUCCUGCGGCCUUCCCUGUGAUCGAAUGUUGAAAUGUGGCAUGCACAAAUGCAAAAGGAUCUGCCACAAGGGGGAGUGCCUCAUUGAUGAAGAGUGCAGGCAGCCGUGUACAAUCCCAAGGCUUCACUGCAAUCACCCGUGUAUGUCGCCCUGCCAUCCCUCUUUACCUUGUCCUACCACAUCUUGCAGUACAAAGGUUGAACUUCAGUGUGACUGUGGAAGAAGAAAGGAGACUAUGGUUUGUUCAGAAGCAUCCAGUACAUAUCAAAGAAUAGCUGCAAUUUCCAUAGCUUCUAAGUUAACAGAUCCACAUCUUGGAGAUUCAGUGGAGAUUAGCAGAUUGAUUACCAAAAAAGAAAUGAAGCAAACCAGGUUGCAGUGUGAUGAAGAAUGUUUGGCACUUGAAAGGAACCGGCGGUUUGCUGAGGCCCUCCAUAUUGAUGACAGUUCUGACCCUUUUAAUGUUCGUUCCUCUGCACCCAAGUACAGUGAUAUCUUGAAAGAGGAUGGGAGAAAGGAUUUAAAGUUUCUCAGUGAAACUGAGAAAGAAAUGAAAGCCCUUGUAGAAGCUGUAAAUAAGAGCAAGCAUACAAAGAAGAGUCACUGCUUCCCACCCAUGAACAGAGAACACCGCAGAAUCAUCCAUGAGCUCGCUCAGGCUUACGGCAUUGAGAGUGUGAGCUAUGAUAACGAACCAAAGCGCAAUGUUGUUAUCAGUGCGGUGAAAGGGAAAUCAGUUUGUCCUGCAGUUACUCUGACAUCUCUGCUUACCAAGGAGAGGCAGACCAGACCCCCACCACCUAUUCCUCAUCACAAACAGUCAGAAAAGCAUGGGAAUAACAAUCUGGAGCACAGCUUCAAAGAAGAGCCUGUGAUUGAUUACUUUGAUGUACAAGACUGAAGUAAUUAAUUAUGCUUUCAAAGAGUGGAAAUGCAGCCGCUGGUGUGGUCAGGACCAUUUUCAUCAAAGUGCAUUCUGCUGAGUUGAAUUCUAAUUUCAUCAUGGAAACAAAGGAUGAAAACAUGUCGGCCAGCAAAAUUUAACCAUUGUAACAACAACAGAAAUCUUGUAAUCUGUUUUGUGUUUUGGGUAGAACAGCCCGUUUGCCAGUGGGACACAGCGAGAGUUACAUGAACAUCCAUAACUGCUAGAAAAAUAACAUUAAUAACUUUCAGUCGAUACAAAUCAGGUAAAUGAAUUAUUUUUUAAGGGAGUGGGGUGAAGAUUUAUGUGGACAGCCCCCCGCUGAAGACCAGCUUUCAAAGUCGUUGCCUCCCAGCAGCUUCAUCCUCAUUCCGCUUUGUCCACGACACCGUCACAUCUUGGGUUUUGCCGACACUUUCAAAUACUGAGUUGCUCCUGCCGCAAAUCCUCCUUCCUUUGGCAAUGCUAAAAAGACUAUUCUUUUUGUCAUUUUCAGAGUUUUGUGACUCAUGAAAAGCCACAGGAACCCCAACCAGGGGGGAGAAACAAGGAACGUCUUCAUAUCUUCGAUGGCUGUCAUGA